AUGUCUCUGGAGGACCGGGCGGCUCUGCUGCCUCCCUGGAGUGUGACUGAUCAGCUGGCAGAUGAGGCUCUGACCGUGGGACAGCAGGCGGAGAGGUGGACAGGAGCCAGUGUUGGGCACAUAGAGCUGCAGGAUCGCCUUCCCACCAUCCGAGGCCCGGCCGUAGCAGCCCAGGUUCCCAGAAGCUGCCCUCGAUCGCCCGGCCUGCGCCGGCUCUGCCACCAUGGGGACCGCUCAGGACUUCUGAAAACUAAAUUAGAAUUCCAAACAAGCUGGCGAAUUAUUCGGAAAAUUGCAGGAAAUGAAUUUGACAGCCUGGAUGCAGAGGUGUUUGUGGACAUGGUAGCAGAGCUGGCCUGUGUAUGGAAGUCUCCGUUUCUUGAUUAUGGAAUUUCAAAGCAAGAACUUGGAAAGCUGAUGAAGGUUCCAGCCUCCCAGGAGAGUCUGCGUUCCCGUGACCUGACGGCUUUGAAGGUGCAGCAGAGGUCAAGGCACGUGGAGAUAGCUCGCCUUGUGCUGGCGCCCUGGGCGUCCAUCCUGGGCCUCGGCAGCCUUGCUGAGUUGUGGGGGCCCUUUGUGUGCCCCAGUCCCGACAGACAAGGCUCUCACAGCCUGGUGGCAUCUUGGCACCACGUGGGAAGGUCAGUGCUGCGGGAGGCCAGGACCCGGAUUCAGCCCCUGCUCGCCCGGAGCAGGUGCUUCUGUGCAGGGCAGACCUCGGACCCUGUCCACCCUGGGCUGGUGAUACACUUCCUCAGGACGGUGAGAGGUCGUGUGGCUCAGAGCUGGGCUGGUAGUACUUCUGCAAAUGCUCUAAAGAAGCCGUGGAGGAGGCGGCCCCCAGGGGCUCCCGGCCCCGCUGUCCCGCGACCCUCCGCCGCUGCCCUGAAGGGCUGGGCGGCAGCGCCACCUGGUGGCCGUGGCGGGAGUGGAGCCGCGCUGCGCCACCCGGGUCUGGAGCGGGGCUCGGUGCCAGCCCCGCCCCCGCCCCCAGGCGAGCGCUCCUCUGGGAGGCUGGAGUGUCCACGGGGCCGUGCUGUGCUCCUGAGGGCCGCGAUUCCUGGAAGCAGGCGGUGGCUGCGCGUGCUGACCCCUGACCUGCGGUUGAAGGCCUCCUUAUGCCCUGACUCUCGGCCUGGCCCACGGUGCUUUCCACCCCGGGUCACAGGUUGUGAUGGGGGCCCCGUCGUCCUGUAUGCGCCCGCUCCGCCUGUCCUCCUGCCAGGGCCCGAGUCCAGGAAGGCCCCAAGUCUCCACUCCCUGCUCCUGCCCCGAGGGCCUUCCUGUCACCCAGCACCUCCUGAUACCCAGGCCCUCGGGAGGAGGCUUUGCCCUUAUGUUCACAGCCCAGAUCGUCUGUCCACCUGCUCUGACUACACUGUCCUCUGCCUGGACGGUUGUCCUGGAAAGGCUGGGGCCUUCAGGAUGGUGGCACUCACGUGGGCCUGGGCCUUCCUCUGCCAGGAAGCCUUCCCAGCUCUGAGCGUCCAGAAGCAGGCCUGGCUGCUGUCCCGGCCGGUCCUGGUGGCUGAGCACAGAGGGGGCCGUCUGGGGACCGUUGCCAUGGAGAGAAAAGCCUGCUGGAGGCUGUGCACAGCUGAUCUGGCUGAGGUGCUGGCCUACGAAGUACAGCGCACCCUGCAUCAAGCUCUGCCCUGUUUUGUACAAGCUGCUCAACACGCCUUUUACCUGCUUGUCAUGCUGUCAGAACACUGUCAUGAUGCCCUGUAUCCUCCAAGUGUGUCGGAACACGGGUGUCAAACAGUGACAGACGCACGGGCACAGCGCAGGGAGACAAGUCAGAGGCACCACCGGGGCGUGGGUCCUGACUGCGGGGGGCUGAUCCGGACCUCCCUGCGGGAAGCCACAGGCAGGGCGGGCUCCCUGGUCUGGAGAGGCCUGGCUGGACAAGGCAAGGACUCAGGGGCAGCCUUGGUGGGAGCACACUGGGCGCUCUGUGCCCCGGGACCCCCCGUGGGUCUGUAA